GUAUUUGGUCUCGUUCUGUUACAUAACAUGGCAACAUGGCUCGUGGAAGCAACGCCAACAAAAUCCUCGGUGCAACCACAGCGUCGAGAUUUUGCCGCCGUUGUCGCUACCAAACCGACUGCUUCGGUAUGGCGGCGUGUGCCAAACCCGGCACUAAACUUUGACCCUACGUGUGCUGCCACUGGUAACCGCGACGAUGAUGGCUUCAUCGUGGUACAAAAAGAAAGAAGGCAUGCAAACAGGGCUGUGGGUGUGGCAACCUUAGAUAGGUACGCGCCCUUCCUCUUCCCGUUCCCCGGAGGGGGUUAUGAGGAGAGUUCGUCCCCUUGGAACGCUGAGUUCUGGUCCAUGGACUCAGUGACCGAGGCGGACCUCGACAUGGAGGAUCGACCGGCGAGGUCGCGGCCCGCCUCGCGGGCCAGGUCGCGCGCUUCUCGUCCUUCAUCGGCCUCGUCGACGCGCUCGACGCGCUCGACGCGUUCGAUGCUGGUGGAGGACGAGCUGUCGGGUUGCCUUGUGUCCAGCGAGGACGGGCUAGUGAAGGCGGCCGUUUCCAAGCGGCCACAUGAAGGCGGAUCGAGCCCCUCUGGGGCGGUGGGCGGAGGUAUUCGCCCAUCUAAAAUACCCUGCCCACCGACUCCGGCGGGAGCGUCCCUCCGCUUCCAUGUGGACCAGGCCGGAAAGGGGCCAUCGACGUCGGCGGAGUCCCGACGGGCGGAUGCGUCGGAUGACGACGUCGUGUUCGUCCGUCCGCAGGAGGUCUCGAAGGGGAAGAACGCUCCCAAAAGUGACCCGAUUUCGGUGGCCGCCUUCUCGUCGGAUGCCAGGUACAGGUUGUCGCUAGUCCUCAACAGAGUUAAGAGGUGCGGCAACCUGAAGGGGACCGACCAGAGGGCGAUGACGGAGGAGAUCGGGACCGUCAUGGCAUUGACGGAGGCCUUAGACCCGAACUCCUCCGUGGCCGGCGAAUUCUCCUCGGUGGCUGUCGGCCAAAACAGGAUGGAGGCGGAGGCUAAGGAGCUCCGCAAACAGAAUAAGGCGCUCCAAAGCCAGAUCCGGCAGCUCCAGGAGCAGAUUCGCCAACUCGCCGAAGUGGUGAAGUCGGGGUCACGGACUCCUCCGACUCCUUCCCCGGCCCCAAAGGGAUCGGCAGUGGGGAGCGCUUCUGGCCCGGCCCCUGCGCCGGGCGACACAGAGACCCUCAGGGCGGACAUAAUGAGGGCGACCGGGGUCAUGAUAGAGGCCCGAAUAGGAGAACGCAUUGAGCAGGGCAUCAGGGAGAUCAAGGCUGCCCUGGGCCUCAAUUCCCCGGCGACCUCAAUCCGCCCUGAGCACCGCCCGCCGCUACAAAGCGACGGGCAAUAUGACGUCCUGUCUAGGAUCCCCGGCGCAGGGGGACCGGGAUUCAGGGACGCUCCCCAUCUGCGGGGGGCGCGAGGUGCGGCGUUCCCGCCGUUGGGAGCGAGUCAGCCCGUCAGCCGGCCUGCCUCCGGCAGUCAGCAGCCGGGGCCGUCGGGCAUGGCGCGCCAGGACGGAUGGAGCACGGUGGUGAAGCGGGGCGGCAAAACACGCAACGUCCCUGAGAGGCAGACCCAGAGUACGCAAAGUACUCAGAGGAGUUCUGGGACUCCCUCUCAGGGGAAGAAGGGUAAGGCGGCCCCGCCGUCACCGUCGAAGCUGCGCGCGCCGCGAUCGGCGGCCGUGGUGGUCACCCUGUGUCCGGAGGCAGAAGCGGCGGGGGUGACUUACUCCGCCGUCCUCAAGGAGGCGAAGGAUAAAAUCGACCUCGCCUCCUUGGGGAUUGGAAGCUUACGCUUCAAGACCGCGGCUACUGGGGCCCGGAUCCUGGAGAUCCCGGGAUCCCAGACGGGAGACCAGGCUGACGCGCUUGCGUCGAAGUUCCGGGACGUGUUCCCGGACGGUACGGUCCGCAUUGCCAGGCCCACCAAGACCGCAGAGAUGAGGGUCAUGGGCCUGGAUGACGAUUUGAAAAUAGAAGAUUUAGAUAUAAACUAA